AUGGCUUUACAGCAGACCCAGCCUCAACCCCAACCUUCAUACAUCCUUCGCGGUCAUGCAUCGCAGAUACAUUCGACUUCCUUCAUUCGACAAAACACCAGACUCAUCACAGGCGAUGCGGAAGGAUGGAUUGUGAUUUGGAGUAUCGCCAUUAAAAGACCCGUCGCUGUGUGGAGAGCGCACGAGGGUUCUAUUCUUGGAACAGGUGCGUGGGGUACCAACAAAAUUAUCACGCAUGGAAAAGACAACAAAUUAAUAGUAUGGCAAUUAUCGGAGGAAGAUGAGCAAGCAAUGAGUAUAGUUCUUCCGGUUGAUACUCCACCAGAGCCGCGAAAACAGCCAUGGCUUCUUCACGUGCUUGAUGUAAACACUAUGAAUUUCUGUUCAUUUGCUCAAGGUUCAGCGGACUCGUCGACGUCUUCAAGCGAUGGCGCCGGAGAAGAGCUGCUGAUAGCAGUCCCCAAUACAAUAAGCUCUGAAUCAGUCGACAUUUUCCAUCUUCCAUCGUCAAAACGAUUACACACGGUAUCACAUCGAGCUGCAUUCAAAGGAGGCAUGGUUAUGGCGAUUUCAAUUUUUCAUCAUCCAAAAUCCCAAAAUCUUACCGUCAUAGCAGGUUAUGAAAGUGGUCAUACGGCGAUAUCGGAAUUAUCUUCCACCAACUGGAAAACGCUCUACGCAGCUCGGUCACAUACCCAGCCUGUUUUGUCCCUUCAAGUGGAUCCAUCUAGAGAGUUUUGCGUUUCAUCUUCUGCGGAUGCUAUCAUUGCUAAGCACCCAGUGCCUUCGGUGCCAGAAGACACUGUCAUGGCCGUCAUAAGUAAGCCACUUAAAACCGUCCAGACCAAGCACUCUGGACAGCAAGAUUUGAAGAUCAGAAGCGAUGGCAAGAUCUUUGCGACUGCUGGAUGGGACUCUAAAGUUAGAGUCUAUUCUGCUAAAAGCAUGAAAGAGUUAGCAGUCUUAAAAUGGCACAAUGAAGGCUGUUUUGCUGUGGCGUUUGCUGUCGUAUCCAGCGCUACCGAGUUGCACUUCCACACUAAUGAAUCCCCUACUGGAACUGCCCUUACAAAAACCGUUGCGGCCAUGACCGUGAAAGAAGAGAGACUUUGGAAAGCGAAGACUGCUCACUGGAUCGCAGUCGGGAGUAAGGAUGGCAAACCCCGUAUUGAUGAGUUGUGCCAUCCUAGCUUUCUGGUCCGACAAACUUCGAAAGACAGCAAAUUUCGAGCUUCUGCGCUAUAUCGUAUCCUAGGCAUCUCCGACACUUCUAAAUCCGUGGAAGCAUCCAAACUUCAUGCCUUGUGUCAAACCUGUCGCAAGGCUUUUACCAGCACCGUGAGCAGUCCAUUGCUGCUGCCGCUUUCCCCCAGUCACGACGCUGAAUUUGAUUUCAUGCUUCAUAGCUCAUUUUUUUCGUUGAAGGUGUCUGUCGACGAGUUUUGCCACUUCUGCACUAUCGUCUGGGAAUACCUUUUUUUGAACUCCGAUCUAUUUCCGCUCUCCCCUACUUUGCUGGAAGAGCUCUUGAAGGCAGAUGAUAGUCCGGUAUAUCUUAUACUCACGGCAAACCGAUGGCCUCGCGGACAAGACGGCCGAUCAUAUAUGGUCUCUUGUCCUCGCAUCUUAGAAUGGGGUUUCACCGACAAUCCCUCCUUUUUCGAACACCUUGUUAUUGCCCCCAACAAUCAUGACAUCCUUGACCCUUACUCUCGACCACAUCCUGCUCAAGCAUAUAUCAAUACUUCUUCGGUGGAACACAGUCUUUUGGUAAAAUACUGGUCCGAAACAUGUAUUUCCCAGCAUCAAGUAUGCCAGAAGACUCAACACUUUGUCCCUACGAGACUGAUUCUCAUAUCUGACGAUGGCACUCACGUUCGCCUUUGUAUCACUAAAAACGACCACAACUGUAGUGUCUACGUAACACUGAGCCAUUGCUGGGGUUCUGCGAAAGACGUACCGAAACUCACGUUGUCAACUCUCACUUCUUUCACUCAGUCAAUGCGAGUCCAGACUCUUCCGAGGACUUUUCAAGAUGCAAUUGCUAUUACCAGAAAUUUGGGUGUCAAAUAUAUCUGGAUAGAUACAUUGUGUAUUAUCCAGGAUUUCGAAGCUGAUUGGAUACAUGAAGCUGGUCUGAUGGACUCUUUGUACGAAAAUUCUUUUUGUACCGUAGCUGCUGCUUCGGGACACAAUCCACAUGACGGCAUAUUCAUUUCUCGAGACCCUUUACGCUACUUCCCAUGUUGUAUUCCUCACCAGAACGAAAAAUGGUACGCUCUACCAUCGAUGGAGACCGGAAGUCAAUCUGUAAGGGAGACACAUCUCAAUUCGCGGGCAUGGGUCUAUCAGGAGGUCAUGUUAUCGCCUCGAGUCAUCUAUUAUACGACUCAAGGGGUUUUCUGGUCAUGUCGGCAGGGCGAAGCAACAGAGGGAGACUACCGAGGCAGGAAGCAUACGUCAGAUGGCGACGGCACACCACUUUUCCAUGGAUCUAUAGCUAAGGAUGUUCGCCAUACCCUGGUGGGUUCAAAGCGUACCACUAGUCAUUCUCGCAUUGCACCAUUCUCUGGCUCAUCUAGUCUUCAAGUCCUUUUCCAGGACUCUAGAGAAUUAAUUGCCAAUACACAGUUUUCAUCCAUCAAACCGGGGCUGUUACAAGAGUCACCGGUCACAGCGCCAAAAUCAUGCAGUUACCAAUGGUUAAGUAUUGUUGUGGAGUACAGCCGACGUAAUUUGACUAGAUCGAGUGAUAAACUAGUCGCUUUGUCCGCUAUUGCAAACAGGCUUGCUAAAUCUUGGAAAUACGCAUAUCUUGCGGGUCUGUGGAAAGAAAGUCUAUACUAUGAUCUACAUUGGAGUGAAACGACUACAAAUCUGGCAGAAAUUAUAUCUGUCUCCGUCCAAACUCGCCCCGAGGACAUCUACCAAACGGGUCAAGUCUCGGACGGUACUCUCGUUAUACAGGGAAAGCUCAUCAACGGCCUUACCGUCUGCAAUGAAGCAAUAGUGGGUCUUUUACGCUUCACCACCGAUUACUCCGCGCAUUAUAAAUCCAGCUUCUUCUUAGAUACGCAUAGUGUUUAUCCCAAAGUGCCUGCUCGAGCUUGCUUCUUACCACUAACUCUAUUCCAAGACACAGAUCGGCCCGGGCAUACUUGGCUAGAUGGAUUAGUAGUCGUGGAACGAGAAACUCCGCAUGAGGGAAUCUUUGAUCGGAUUGGGCUUUUCAAGAUUGUCAGUUAUGGUGAUAAGGAAAGAUUAAUAAGGGAUUUUGCAUGCGAUAUCGAAGAAAGAGAGGUUGUGUUGAAGUAA